AUGAAGACUGCAUUGGUGGCCGCCGGCCUGUUGCUGCAGUCCGCCCAGGCUAUCACUGUUGAGGGAUUACUUGCUGCUCCUCGUCGCAGUACUGGCAUGCUCAGUCCCAAAGGAGACCGGGCAUUGUUCUCAGAGACCAAAUUCAACUGGACCACCGAAAAGGCUAGCACGGCUUGGUAUUUCCUCGACACGGACACUGGUGACAUUACCAAAGCUCCAUUUGGAAGCGAUGCCUCGGAAGUCGUUUGGGUUGGCGAUACUGCGGAAAGCAUCCUCUAUCUAAAUUCCACAAACGACCAAAUUCCUGGCGGUGUUACGCUGUACACCGCUGACCUCAGCAAAGAAAACUUCGAGCCGACUCUGGUUGCAUCCCUGCACGCCCCUCUUUCUGGUCUCAAAGCCGUAAAAACAAACUCUGGCAUUAACUUUGUCGGCAAUUGCCUUGCAUAUGAGAACAACGGAUCCGCCUACAAUCCCGAACUUGUCAGCAAGCCAAAGAGUUCCGGUCAGUUGUACGACUCCAACUUUGUGCGCCACUGGAACUACUACAUCACGGCUGAACGCGUGGCCGUCUUUAGCGGUGUUCUGAGCGGCGGCAAUGGCACGUAUUUCUACAACGGAAAGCUCACAAAUCUGCUUUCCGGGAUGAACCACACCAUCACCCGCCCUGAGAGCCCGGUCCAAGGCUCUUCCAGUGAUCCGGGUGACUACGACCUAUCUCCGGAUGGCAGCAUGGUGGCAUUCCGUAGCAAGUCUCCAGAUCUCCCCAAGGCAAACUAUACCGCCAGCUAUAUUUAUAUUGUUCCGUUUGAUGGCUCCGAGGUGGCCGUCCCAGUCAACGGCCCAGGCACUACUGCUCCCAAGACUGCCCAGGGUGCGUCUGGUGCCCCCGUCUGGUCGCAUGACGGCAGCAAAGUGGCAUACACCCAGCAAGAUGGAAUCUACUAUGAAUCCGACAGGUACAAACUGUACGUAGCAGAGAUUGACGGAAUGAACAGCCACGUCCGCUCCGUCGCAGAGGACUGGGAUUCAAGCCCUACUGGACUCCAGUGGAGCCCAGAUGAUGCCGAUCUCUUGGUGACUUCUGAACUACAUGCUGCUGUUCGCUUGUGGCUAGUACCUCAAGAUGCUGCCGCCGACUUCAAGCCAGUCAACUUCACUGGCCCUGACACCUAUGUUUCCGACUUUGCCAUUCUUCCUAGUGGAAGUGCAUUCAUAUCCGCAUCUGCUAGCUGGACGAGCCGCAUGUUCUACAAGCAAUAUCCAGGUAAAGGCAAAGAAAUACUGUUCACGGCUAAUGAGGUCGACGCAGAGCUCAAAGGCCUGAAGCCUGACUCUGUCUCGAAUUUCUGGAUCACAAACGAGGAUGGCGACGAGAUACAGACUUUUGUCUUCUAUCCCACUGAUUUCGACCCCAGCAAGAAAUACCCACUGGCUUUCAUUAUCCACGGCGGCCCACAGAGCUCUCUGGGGGACACGUGGAGUACGCGCUGGAACAUGCGAACAUGGGCUGAUCAAGGUUUUGUCGUGACCAGCACCCAGUUCACAGGCACGCCGUCUUACAGCCAGGCCUUUACAGACAAGAUUCAAGCAAACUGGGCCGGUACCCCUUACAGGGAUCUAGUGCAGGUCUUCGAGCAUCUCCGCGACAACGUCGACUUUGUCGACACCGACCGCGCCAUUGCCGCAGGCGCCUCAUUCGGCUGCUACAUGAUCAACUGGAUCCAGAGCCACGCGCUCGGCCGCGAAUUCAAAGCCCUCGUGUGCCACGACGGCAAAGUCAACCAAGUCGGCUCCUACGCCACAGACGAAAUCUGGUUCAUCCAGCGCGACAACAACGGCACCGUCUGGGGAAACCGCGACAACUACGAACGCUGGGAUCCCCUCAUAUCGUUUGGCAACGCUAGCACCCCGCAAUUCAUCGUCCACAACGAUCUGGACUACCGUGUUGUGCAGGCAGAGGGUCUCCAGACCUUCAACAUCCUGCAGACGCUGGGCGUGCCCUCGAGAUUCUUGCAUUUCCCCGAUGAGGGCCAUUGGGUCAACAACAGACAGAACAGUCUGCUUUGGCACACGCACAUCUUCAACUGGAUACGCUACUGGGUUGGGCUGGACAAGGAGCUCAUUACGCAUGGCGUUAUCACGCAGUAG